AUGGAGGUUCCGCCGGGCCGCUCGAUCUUCAAGGUUUCGGGGGCCCUGGACGCGAGCCUGUCCCCGCAUCGCUUCUCCGCCGACAUGCCCCAGUACGGGGAGGAGAACCACGUCUUCGAGAUGAUGCAGUCCUUGCUGGAGCAGUUGCUGAUCCACCAGCCCUCAGAGCCCAUUCAGUUCAUGAUCCAUCACUUGGAGCUGGACAACGAUGACGUACCGAAGAUUGUAAUAUUAGGUCCACCGGCCUCGGGGAAAACAACCAUUGCCAUGUGGCUUUGCAAGCACCUCCAGAGCACCCUCAUCACCAGGGACAGCCUGAGCCGCCGCUUCUCCUCCAUGGCCUCGUCCUCCCGGCACCCCCAGAGGCCCCAGACCCUGAGCAGUCCAUUGCUCAUCCAGAUGCUCCGCUCACGGCUGGCCGAGGACGACUGUGUCCGGCAGGGCUGGAUUCUGGACAGCAUCCCCCAGACGAGGGAGGAGACCCUGAUGAGCCAGACGGUGGGGGUCAGCCCCCGCCAUGUCAUUGUGCUCAAGGCCCCAGACAUGGUCCUCAUUGAGAGAAACCUGGGCAAGAGAAUCGACCCCAGAACUGGAGAGAUUUACCACACCACCUUUGACUGGCCCUCGGAUGUGGACGUCCAGAACCGGCUCAUCAUGCCCCUGGGCAUCUCAGAACCAGAGACGGCGAAGAGACUCCUGGAAUAUCACAGGAACAUCGCCGAGGUCACCCCUGCGUACUCCAGGAUCCUGAAGGCCAUCAGCGCUGACCAGCCGUGCAUGGACGUCUUCUACCAGGCUCUGACCUACGUGCAGAGCAGCCACCGGUCCAACGCCCCCUUCACGCCGCGGGUGGUGCUGCUCGGGCCCGUGGGCAGCGGGAGGAAGCUGCAGGCCGCCCUCCUGGCCCAGAGAUACGGCCUCGUGGACGUCUGCUGCGGGCAGCUGCUCAAGGAGACCGUGGCCGCGCAGGACAACCUUGGCGAGGUCAUCCAGACCUACUUUGAAAAGGGCAUGACAGUCCCCGACAAGGUGAUCAUGAAGGUCCUGGGCCCCCGCCUGGACCGGCCGGACUGCGUGCAAAGGGGCUGGGUGCUACACGGCUUCCCCCGGGACCCCGACCAGGCGCGACUGCUCGAAGAAGACCUCGGCCACAAGCCCAACAGGUGA